GUAAGAAGUUUAAUCACUUUUUUUUCAUACACAACCUUGUAAAACAAACACAUUUCUUCAAGUUUUAUUAUUAUUCCUUAAAAAUGGCUUCAGUUGUUACAACAUUAAGCUACAUUAAUGGGUUUUGCUGCACUAAACCAUCAUUUGGGUUUGUCAGUUACCCUUCUUCUUCUUCACAACAGAAGAAAAGAAUGGUUGUGGUAAAAGCAGAGACAAUCAACCCUGAAAUUAGAAAAACUGAAGAGAAAGUUGUUGAUUCUGUUGUUGUUACUGAACUUUCCAAGAAUAUCACCCCUUAUUGCAGGUGUUGGAGAUCAGGGACUUUUCCUUUGUGUGAUGGGAGUCAUAUGAAGCACAACAAAGCUACUGGGGACAACGUUGGACCUUUGCUUUUGAAAAAGCAGUAACUCAUCAUGUUAUGCGUGAAUUCUUUUUUGGUUGCCUCUCUUUUUGUUUCAUUGCAAAAUUAAGUAUGCCUACUUUUUUUUUGAUAAUUAAUUAAGUAUGCCUAUUGCCUAGAGGAAUUUUUUCUGCACUUGUUUUUGAAUAAGCUGCCUUAUUUGACAGUAAUGUGAUAUGAUCAAUGUGUUGUUACUUUAAGUUUAA